UUGUAGUUUAUAUACGUAUAUACCCAUGUACAUAUGCACAUACAAAUAUUGAUUUAUUACGUUGCAUAAAGCACAAACAAUUGUUAUGAGGAUAACUGCAUGCGGAUGGACAAAAUGGUAUAAUAGGAGCAGUGCUAACAAGCAUUGCUCAUUAGCUAGGCAUACGUGGCACGCGUCGCAAUGUGGGUCACACGAGUAGUGGAAGAGGGAUCAAACCUCCACGUCAGCUGCGCAAUUAGCGAUACGAAAUCAGCUGCUGAAUUACCUACAGUGAUGAAAAAGUUGGUACAAUCGUACCUUGAUUUAGUUUGAUAGUACAUUCGGUACAAACACACACAGCCCUAACACUGAAUCCAUCGUAGAAAAGUUACGAAUUCGAAUGUCCGCUACGAAUACGAAAGAAUUGCUAUUACUGAAUCCAUGUGAACUCGAAAAAAGUGCUGCCAAACUCAAAUGUAAAUUUUCGGCCAUUCGAAAUCAGCUGUUGUGAAGUAAACAAAGCGUUUGAGCAAAAUUAUCAUGCUGUAAAACUUCUUAAACUAAUAUUUUGUUAAAAUGGAUACCGUAGCUUGUGCGAUCGUCUUAAUAGAAGAAAAUUAUCAAAGUAAUAACUUAAAAAUUCAAAGGAAAACUCUAAGAGAUGCGAGUAAUCCACUUGAUUUAGACGAGGCUAUGUAAGUAAAACAAAAAUUUUUAUUUCAAAUGAUUUGAUACGUUUUUUUUUUCUUUUAUGUGCUCGGUGAGUUAGAGGCGGGAAGCGCAAUUCAUGCCAGGUCAACAUCAAUGAAUCAAAUCACACGCCUGGCAUCUGUGCUACGCUUUCUUUCGGAAGGCAGCUAUCAACACGGCGUUGGAAAAGAUUUUGAUGCACCAAUGGCUCAAUCAACGUUUUCCGGUAUUUUAAAAUCCACACUAGCAGUCCUGCAAGCACGUUUAUGUCCUCAUUGGGUAAAUCUGAAUAUGACAGACGAAGAAAAACAAAAAGCCAAAAGGCAUUUUUAUACCAAGUAUAGGCUUCCGGGCGUUAUUUUGUGUGUGGAUGGAACGCAUAUAAAAAUCGUUUCACCAAAGGAGGACAUAUUUCUUUUUUAUAAUCGGAAAGGUUUCUUCAGCAUCAAUGCCAUGAUUAUUUGUGACAGUGAAAUGCGAAUCAGGUACGUCAAUGCAGAAUUCCCAGGAUGUAAUCACGAUUCUCACAUAUGGAAUGUGAGUAGUGCAAGGUCCUUUUGUGAGAGGAAAUAUUUAGAAGGCGAGAGGAAUUGCUUAUUAUUAGGUGACGCCGGAUAUGCAUUGGAGCCAUGGUUAAUGACUCCGUUUCGUUCACCACAAUUAGGUAGCCCAGAGAGUGUAUACAACAAAGCACACUCAAAAGCAAGGAAUAUAGUGGAAAGAACUAUUGGAGUUUUGAAAAGUCGUUUCAGAUGUCUUUUCGGAGCUCGUGAACUCCACUACGAACCCUCAAAAGUAAGCCAAAUCGUGAACGUGGCAGCGGCUUUACACAACAUUUGCUUGCACUACCGCGUUAUAGAUGAUGUACCAGAAUAUGUUCCAGAACCAUUAUCCCUCAGCGAAGCCCAUGAAACAGCAGCCACUAGCACUAAUGAAGCCGCAUCACAGAUUAGGCAAUCCAUUUUGAUGACACUUUUAUAAUAAAUACUGAUAUUUAUCUAAUUAGCAAAAUAAACAAAACUAUUUGAAAU